GCGCGCAGCUCCCCCAGCUCUCGAGCUCCCCCGGCUCUCCGCUUGCACACCCUUUCUCUCAUUCUCUCUCAUGCCACCGGAGCGUCUACCUAACCACCUAUACGGACCACUCACAUACAUACUCAAACAAGACGCGUAAAUGUCAUACAGAGCCACCCGGUCGCCGCAGCUGCCGCCGCUCGCGCGCGUCCCGUCACGGGAGACGCGAUCGAGGUCGCCGCGCCCGCCUGUGUCCCCGCUGUCGCCGCUCUCGCCCCUGCAGCAGGAUCCGAGGGCCAUGUUUCGAGGAGGAGAGGAAAGUUCUGAGGCAAAGACGGCGCCGAGUGGGCGGUUCGGUGGAGCGGCCUCCCCUCUGGACAGACAUAGCAGGCGGCACAACCUCAACCUCGACCCGCACGACGCAGACGUCUUGGGCGGCAUCUCGCCAACCACGUGUAACGACGACAUCUCGCCCACGCAGCCCGUCCCGCCCACCCACCCGGACGACACGCACAGCCCGCCGUCGCCGCCUCCCCCGCCCCCUCCACCCGCGCUCCCGCUCUCGUUCGCCCCGUUCUUCACCCUGAUCGAGGACGCCCACUCGAACGAUGUCGCCCACCCCACCGCCGUGCACUACGUCUUCGAGGACGACGAGCCCGACGUCCUCACCAGCGCGCUCCUGCGCGCAAAGGGCACCGCGCCCGAGGACCUGCAGGCGUACAAUUACUCGUACGCGUACAACCACACCCACACCCCCACCCACGGCUACAGCCCCGGCGCCCAAACACAGCCGCCCGGCGUCGAAGAGCGCGUCAUCCUGCUCGACCUGGACGUCGUCGACGCCGCUGCCGCGGGCGGUGCCGCAGGCCUCGCUGUCCGCGCUGCCCGCAGCCUGAGUCCUGGUUGGCAGGUCUGCUCGGCGGCGAUUGCGGCGGCGCCGACGUUCGCGGUUGAUGAGGGCGAGGUGGGCGAGGGGGGCUUGCCUGGAGCGGGGAACGCAGGGCUGAUGCUGAGGGUUGAGGGGGUCAGUGUUGGGGCUGGGGGGUUGGGCACAGGAGCUGCUGGAUUUGGCGCGGGAAUGGGGGGACUACCGGGGCAGGGGCUCGGUGGCAUGAGUGAGGGCGCGGUUGAAGAGGCUCAGGCGCAUGUGGAGGCGUUGUUGAUGGAUGAGGCGCGGAGGAGGGUUGGUGGGGAGGCGGUGCCUGCGAUGGAGGAACUGUGGGCACGGUUUGAGCGCGGAGUCGAGGUGCUGGGGAAGGUUGUUGGGGGGGAUGUGGAUGCGGAUGCGGAUGCGGAUGCGGAUGCGGAUGCGGACGUGGACGUGGAUGCGGGCGUGGAUACGUGCGUGGAUGCCGAUGCGGAUGGGGGUGGCGGUGGCGGUGGACAUGUGGGUGAAGACGUGGGUGAAGAGGCGGGUGAAGAGGCGAAUGAAGACGUGGAUGGAGAUGCGGGGCUGGGCGUGGGUGCAGGUGUGGAGGCGAGUAUAGAAGAGGACAUGGGACGAGAGGGAGAAGAGGUGUUUUCGGCGGUGGGGGGCCGGUGAGGAAGUGAGAGUAAAAAGCACCCCACGCACAACUCUCAAACCCGGGCUCUCUCACACACUCCCCCCUCUCUCCCCACUUACUUUCAACCGUCCACAUACCUACCA